AUUUUAAUGCUAAGACAUUUUAAUAGGUUCUCAACACUUGUUAAAUAUUUGUUUAAAUGUGUUUUUUUGCCGACAAAUUGGUAUUUGACGUUUCGCCAUUGUUUGUUUACGCGUAAAUCGGGUUGGGUAAAUGUAUGCGAAAAAAGUGCAAACAAAAACCGCGUUGAUAAAGCUGUAAAAGAAAACUGCAGCCAUAUACCAUUUAUUGCUCAAUUAAAUAUUCUUUUGAUUUCAUAUAAAAUGUCGGUAAAUGGACUUCUUAAACUGCGAUCAUCAAACGUCGUGAAAUCGUUUUUUAGAACGUACAAAGCUUCUGGCAUUCCGGAAUUAACACAGGUGCGCCACAAUGUGAAGCGCGGUAAUUAUGCCAAUUUAGAAGGCAAGGAUGUGGCUUUCUUCGAGUCAAUUGUUGGCAAGAAUCAUAUGGUUCAAGAAGACUUGCAGGGUUACAAUGUCGAUUUUUUGCGAAGUGUACGGGGUGAUAGUCAACUUGUGCUGCGACCCAGCUCCACUCAGGAGGUAUCCGCCAUACUGAAGUACUGCAAUGAACGUAAAUUGGCGGUUUGUCCGCAGGGUGGUAACACCGGCUUGGUAGGUGGUUCUGUGCCGGUUUGUGAUGAAAUUGUGAUUUCUUUGGCGCGACUCGACAAGAUUCUACACAUCGAUGAGAUCACUGGUAUAGCGGCGUGUGAAGCCGGUUGCAUACUGGAGAAUUUGGAUUUGAAAGCGAGAGAAUUGGGAUUAGUAGUGCCGCUCGAUUUGGGCGCCAAGUCAAGCUGUCACAUUGGCGGUAAUGUAUCUACCAAUGCUGGAGGGUUGCGUGUAUUGCGUUAUGGUAAUCUGCAUGGCAUCGUAUUGGGAGUGGAAGCGGUUCUAGCUAGUGGCGAGAUACUCGAUCUCAUGUCUGACUUUAAAAAGGACAAUACAGGCUACCAUUUGAAGCAUCUAUUCAUUGGUUCUGAAGGCACACUGGGCGUAGUGACCAAAGUCUCUAUGUUGUGCGCGCCGCAACCACAAGCACAGCAUGUAGCGUUUUUGGGUGUGCCCUCCUUCGACGAUGUUCUCAAAACUUUCCGCCACUCCAGGCAAUUUUUGGGUGAAAUCCUUUCGUCCUGCGAAAUGAUCGACGCCGCUUCCUUAGAUGCCAGUGUAAACCACUUCAAACUCAAUUCACCAAUCGAAGGCUAUCCAUUUUACAUGCUAAUUGAGACUUCCGGCAGCAAUGCUGAACAUGAUAUGGAAAAAUUUAAUCGCUUUCUUGAAAAUGGCAUGGAGAAAGGACACAUUAUUGAUGGCACUAUAACAGCGGAGGUGGGUAAAAUGCAAGAGAUCUGGAAGUUACGUGAAUUGGUGCCGGUUGCGCUGGUAGAGGAUGGCUUCUGUUUCAAAUAUGACAUCUCUUUGCCAUUGCGUGAGUUUUAUCAUAUUGUUGAUGUGAUGAAAGAACGUGUAGGUGGUUUGGCAACACGCGUUUGCGGUUAUGGACAUUUGGGCGAUUCCAAUUUGCAUCUGAAUAUCUGUUGUCCAGAGUUUACACAAGAAAUCUAUAAAUGCAUUGAACCCUUCGUCUACGAGUAUACAGCGCAGGUUAAGGGUAGUAUUAGCGCUGAGCAUGGCAUUGGUUUUCUAAAAAAGAACUAUCUGAAAUACAGUAAAAGCCCAGCUGCCAUUGCCAAGAUGCGUGAGAUGAAACAACUUUUGGAUCCCAAUGGCAUCUUGAACCCGUAUAAGGUGCUAAAUUAAAAAGUAAUCGAGGACUAAGAUUUAUAUGUAGAUAUGAAUAUACAUACAAAAAAAUAUAUGGGGCAAAAUUCGCCAAGUGGACCAGGAAAAAAAAUGUGUGUAUUGAGAUAAGAAAUUUAGGAAAAACUUGUAGUCCCUUUGCCACGCCCAAUACAAGUUAUAUAUCGUUGGAAAGCUUAUAAAAUAAGCUAUCGAAAUAAGCUGUUUGUGAAAAAAAAAACCAAAAAUGGAAAAGCAUAUUUUUUUUGUAAAAAAAAAACAUUUUAGCAAAAAAUUAUAGUUUUCACCAAAAAGCACGGAAAAAGUUCUAAUAGGUCAGCAAUUUUUGAUUCUCUGUCAUAAGUGUGACAUGAGAUAAGAAUUUUAAGAUAACUUGUGACUACGAAAAAGGGCUCAAAUUUGCAUGUAAAAACUCAUUUAACUCGACAAAAAACCGCGGUAGAAAAAAAAAAAUUUACACAAUGGUUACCAGUAGCCAAAGCAACAACGUGGUGGAGUUUGAACAAAAUCCUGCCAUACAUUUUUUUCCUGGCACACAUGGCGAAUUUUGCCCCACAUAUGAAGUCACAUGGAUGUACAUACAUAUGUACAUAUGUAUAGUAUU